AUGAGACGCAAGAACAGAAAGAUCAACAGCGUUGAGCAACUAGAAGAAGAAGAAGAAUGGCAACCCAAAGGUCCUUGCAGGUUUCAUGAGCUUCCGCAGGGUUUAGUCAUGGACAUUCUCUCCAGGCUCUCUCUUAAAACCCUCUUCAAAUGCAGGUGUGUUUACAAGUCCUGGCUUUUCAUCACAGCGGACCCUCAUUUUACUCAUCUCUGCCUUUCAAGAGUACCCAUUGACGACCCCUUUUAUGUUGGCAAUCCAGUUUCGGGUGAGUACAUCACUAUUCCGCUUCCUAAAGAAGCUUGCCUCAAAUAUAGCUUUUUAGGACUUGGUUAUAGCGCCUCAACCAAUGAGUACAAAGUGUUGCAAAGUAGCUCAUGCAUAAACAAAGCUAAGGUCCUUGACGCUGAGUGUGAGGCUCUGAUAUACAGAAUUGGUACCGGAGGAGGAGCUUGGAGAAGCAUCGGAAAAACUCCUCCGGACGAAAUCCGGGACCCUCCGUUUAGUUCUUUUCUACAUGGAGCUCUUCACUGGAUUUCCGCUGGUUCUCAAAAUUUUGUAUUUAUACAUUCAUUCAACUUUGAAACAGAAAAGUUUCGCACACUACCCCCACCUGGCUACUUUAAACCAAUUCAGCAGAAAUCUAAACAGUGUCUCAAAUUGGGAGUGUUAGAAGGUUGUCUCUUUUUAUGUGUAUGUGGUGAUGAGCCUCGACAAUUUGACAUGUGGGUUAUGAAGGAUUAUGGUGUGGAAGAGUCUUGGACAAAAACUCUUGUUUUUGAAGGCUUGUAUCCACCACCAGAACUCAACAAUGAUGCUUAUGAACCGCUGGUGUUUUUGAGGAAUGGGGACAUCCUAUUGUCCUACAAUGAUCAGAUUGUGGUUUGUUAUAAUCAAGGAAGAAAGAGUCUCAGGAAAGCUAGAGUUACCCGGACUAAGUUGAGUUUUCGUGCAAUUGGUUACAAACUUACAAUCCAUCCUUAG